AUCUGAGCUACCCCCUAUUUCAAAUGGUGGAUUGCGCCGGUUUAAACAGAAAAAAAGUGUGGAUAAGGAUUCCGAUGAAGAAAAGUCCGGUGUAGAAUAUUUUCAUGUCUUGUUACGACACAACAUCAAGAAAACGUAUAUAAGGUCGUAAUAUAUAUUUUUACUUUUUAUUAGAAAAUCGUUGUUGUGGGCUUGUGCACUUCGUAGUAGUUACCAGUAAGGUAAAAAAAAUAAAUAAAUUAGAGCUAUACAAUGAAUCAUACACCGGCACAGAAAUUUUCGGGCCUAAAUGAUGUGGAAGAGUUUCUAGCCCAAUUUGAAGCGAUUAGUGUGAUAAACAACUGGUCGGACGGGCAAAAAAGAUACGUGAUUGCGACGUAUCUGGAAGGGCCAGCGUUGCAGUGGUAUAAGACCCAUUUUUCUGUAUAUGCCACAUAUGAUGUCAUAGCUCAAAAAUUGAAGGAGCAGUUCCCCUCGCAGGUCGAUUAUGCUCAAGAAUUUUACUAUAGGCGGCAGAGGCCUAAUGAGCCGCUUGUAGAAUAUUUUUACAAUCUCGAUAGUUUGGCAACGAAGGCAAAGAUUGAAGAUGAUGGGAAAUUCAUAAAGCAUUUCCUGAAAUCUUUAGCCCCCAACUAUCAGUGGGUACUUGCCAGCAGGUUGUUCGCGUCUAAAGACGAGCUAAGAAAAACCAUAAUACAAAUGGAAGAUGUAUUUAAUCGUCAGACAAGCUUAGAGCAACAGAGUAUUGAAUUACCAGUGUGUAUUUCAAAAGAUUAUCCUCACUCUUGGCAAGCACAAGGGGAUCCUUCACCCGUUGGUGGAUCCGUCGUUACUUAUUCGAACUAUCAAACGCCGCAAACGCCGGACACGGCCGUCGUUCCGUUUGAUAUGCAGCGAAAUACGCCACGCGGAAGAUACAACUUGAGGCCGCGGCAUGUAUAUCCACAUGCUCAAGGUAGUGGUUCUUCGACGAGUUAUCCCCAACGUCGAUUUAAUCAAGGCACAACUGCUCAUGCAAGAGGCGAUCACCCAAACGCACCGCCACGCCGAUAGAUAGCCGGGAUAGUCGGACGUGGAAUGCGGAGCCGGCGUGUUUGAAACAAAGAUUGUGGGACCACAUUGACGUUAUGAGAAAUAUUUGGAGAAAAAUUAAUAUUUUCCUGUACAUGCAGACUUGGAAGGAAAGGAGGAGAAGAUACACCAUCAUAUAGAUAAAAUUUACUUUUGUUUUCCUUUUUCAAUUUGAUAGAUAUAUUAUCCUGUAUGUGCGAAUAGUUCAUGCUCAUCCUCCAGUUGAUCAAGGACUGUCUGCAUUCUGGGAAAAUAUAUUUAUUUAAUUAUUAGAAAUUCUUCAUGUGGUAUACCCUCAUACCAUAUGUGUCUUGGAAAUAUGUAGUUAGAAUAUGUUGUUGACGUUAUACGUGGGUUGGUUUUUGUUUGUUUAAAGAUUGUAAGUGAAGCUGAUGGAACGUGAUAGCUGCAAAAUGAGGACUAAGGCAGCUGGGAGAUCAAUAGUGAUGUAAUCCAGUGAUCGUCCGAUGGGUGUUCAAGCCUGUGUCGUCGUUGUGGCAGCAUCCACGUUGGAGAUAGCUUAGGCUGAGAUAGUUAGGAACUUGUAGUGAUGUUUAGAAUUUUUAUUAGGGUCGUUCAGCCAGUUUAGGGUCGAUAAAAUAAAGUGUUAGGGUUUAGUCAGGUUCCCUAAUUAGCUAGGAUAGCUAACGAGUAAUUAUAUUUUUUUUGUUU